AUGUCCGAGAAAACAGUUGAUCUUGAUGGCGUCAAGUACUACACCCUGCUGGAAGGCCCAAAACCAAUGGCAGAACCACCAAUACUACUUUGCCAUGCUCUGAUGAGCAAUCUCCACAUGUACGACGAUACAGUGAAGGCACUCAACGGAGCAGGUUACAACACGAUUCGCUUCGAUCACAUAGGACACAACAAGACACCACCUCCUCACGACGAGAAUGCCAGAUAUCACAUGGACGACAUUACACGGCACAUGCACGCGAUUGUCCAAGCAGGCACCGGACAGGCAAAGCUCAAAGCAUUCAUCGGCUGCAGCAUCGGAGGCGUACUUGCUCUGCGUUACGGCAUGCUAUACCCAGAAGAAGUAGAACAGAUCUUCUCCGUCGCCGCACCAGGUAUCGCUACGCCAGACCAGGCGAAAGGUCCAGAAGGACUCUGGGCGAAGCGCAUCGAGCAAUUCGAAGACGAUAUCAGAAGCGGGCACGACACGUUAUGCCAGCAAACCGUGCAGCGCUGGUUUCCCGGAGGCAAGAAGUCGCAAGAUCUUGCGGCGCGAGAGCGAGCCUUGCCCAUGAAUCAAACUGUUACGCUCGAAGGGUAUAAGAUUUUGGCUGAUGCUAUACGAGGCUAUGACUAUACUUCAGAGAUUUCGAAAAUUCCGAAGAACAGGGUGGUUGUUGUUUGCGGGAGUGAAGAUUCUGCUGCGGAUUCAGAGCAGCUGGAGGAUCUUGCGGAGGAAAUUUGUGGUGUUUGGUGGGAGAUGCGCGGGGCUGGGCAUUUGCCUCUGCUGCAGUACCCUGAAGAAUUCAAUGGGUUUGUUUUGAGGUAUUUGAGGGGAGGGGUGUCCGAUUCUGCGCCAAAGUAA